GAACUUUUCAGAGAAUAUGGUGCUUUUCGGGUUUUCCUGGUAAAUGUUUAUAUAAAUGAAUUAUCAUCAUUAUGAGUGGAGGAUUCAUCAUGAAUCGGCUGCGGGAGGAGUUGAGCUCGCGUUGUGUGAUUGUGGGGGGCUUCCCUCCUCCUCCGGCAAUACUACCCCAGAAUGUGUAUAGUUUAUUUCAGUGUCAACGGGCCGAGCCAGCAGGCGAAGGAACAUCGUGGCUUGUCUUGUUUCAGAAUUCAGACCAAGCAAAAUGGUGGGUGACAAAUCGCAGCACUUAUCAUGUUGGAAACAUGAGUUUACGAGUAACUCCUUCCUGUGGAUCUAACAUUCCUGAUGCUUGGCUUCAGGAUGAUCAACAUGGAUCAGCUGGAGCUCAGAUGCCAGGAUAUCCUACAGGUUUCCCUGGAUUCCAAGGAUAUCCCGGAUAUCCUAGUCAUGGUAUCCCGGUAUCCAUGCCUUCAACUUCACAGAGAGACCAGAUACACACCAACCCAUACAAUCAGCACAUUCCUGUGUCCAGUCCGCCAUUUCAAUAUCCAUCUGGGGGUCCAACGAUAUCAAACCCUGGGGGGUUGCCACACAAAAUUCCCCCUGGAAGUGAACCACAGGUUAUAACAUCUGAUCCAAUGUCCUCUAAAGCAUCUAUGGCUCCCACAGUGUACCAAAAUUAUCCAAGCAUGUCCAUGCCUGAGCCUGGAGCCAUGGCUCCACCUUCCUAUGAGAGCCAUAAUUUUCCACCUAAAUUGCCACCCAAACCUUCAACCAUGAAGUCUCCCAAGUUGGUCCAAGUGGAUAACAGCAAACAGGAACAAUCGAGCAUUCACCAGGGCUCGGAUAUAGAUCCGGGAAUGGCACCUGUACAAGAAACGCCACCUCCUGCCUGUGACAGUAUCCAAGUAUCCAGGCUACCAAGGGACAUAACUGAGGAAUUCAUUUCCGAUUUCUUUGAAAAUGAAAAAAGAAGUGGUGGUGGAUACGUGGCUAAUGUGGAUUAUGAUGAAAAGAAGAAUACUGCUAUUGUCAAAUUUGAGGAUCCAAGUGUGGUAAAGAGUGUCUUGCAAAGGCAGGAAAGUUCAGCCAUAGUGAUGAACAAGCAGCAAAUAGAAAUUGAAGAGUAUAAUCCAGCAGUAGACAGUGAGGUUAAGGGUGAAUCUGAUGACCUAGAGGUCACAGCAGUCAAGGUCACAAAUCUUCCCCCAAAAGCAACUGAUGAACAGAUAGAAUUGUUCUUUGAGAACCCUAGGAAGAGUGGAGGUGGAGAAGUGGAAAAAGUGGAGUUUGAUGAGGCUACCAAAAGUGCUAUUGUGUGGUUUAAAGAUCCUGAGGUGGUAAAGAGUGUCUUGCAAAGGCAGGAAAGUUCAGCCAUAGUGAUGAACAAACAGCAAAUAGAAAUUGAGGAGUAUCGUCCACCAGGAGACAGUGAGAGUGAGGGUGAAUCUGACCUUGAGGAGGAAGAGGUCACAGCAGUCAAGGUCACAAAUCUUCCCCCAAGAACAACUGAUGAACAGAUAGAAUUGUUCUUUGAGAACCCAAGGAAAAGUGGUGGUGGAGAGGUGGAAAAAGUGGAGUAUGAUAAAGCUACCAACAGUGCUGUUGUGUGGUUUAAAGAGGCUGAAGUUGUAGCAAGUGUUCUACAGAAACAUGAGAGCACAUCUCUGAUGAUAAACAAGCAGCAAAUAGAGGUGGAAGAAUAUCGUCCCCCACGAAAUGACAAUGAUAACAGCUCAGAGGAGGAAGACCAGGAGGGAGGGGCAAUCAAGGUCACUAAACUCCCCCCAGGAACCUCAGAGGAACAAAUAAGUCUCUUCUUUGAAAAUCGUAGGAAAAGUGGAGGUGGAGACGUGGAAAAAGUGGAGUAUGAUGAGGAUUCAAACAGUGCUGUUGUUUGGUUUAAGGAUGUUGAUGUUGUUUCAAGUGUUCUUCAAAAAGCUCCACUUCUUUUCAAUAAAAAACAAAUUGGUGUGGAACAAGUAAGGAUGGAUGGAAAGAAAGUGGAAAAAGAAGCAGAAGAGAAUACAGGCCCUUUGUGUACCAUAGAGGUUAGGGGGAUGAAAGAAACAACAUCCAUAGAUAGUGUAGAACUGUAUUUUGACAACAAGAGGAAGUCAGGAGGUGGAGGUGUGGAUGAGGUCAAAGGUGAAGUGGAAGACGGAGUCCUGUAUGUUACAUUUGAAGAUGAGGAUACUGUUGAGAGAGUUCUCCAGCGAGGGCAUAAGGUUGAUGGAGCUACCUUGCAAGUCAAACUUUACCAGCCUCCCAAACCCGUACCAAUGUACCAAGACAGAGUACUGAUCAAAGGAUUCAAUCCAGAAACAUCAAAGGAUGGACUAAUCAACUUCUUGGAGGCCAAAUCUGGGGAAGAUGUCAAGGAUGUGGUUUAUGGACAAGAGGAGGGAACAGCAAUGGUUACUUUUGAGGAAUUAAAAGAUUUUGGAAAACUUGAGGCAGCAUGUCAAAAGAAAGCCUUAGAAAAAUGCUACCUAGCUGUGAAAAGAAUUCCUAUCUCUAACUGUGUAAUUGUAUCUGGAUUUGGAGAGAGCACUUCAGUGGACACACUAGAAUUCUACUUUGACAAUGAAAAGCGAAGUGGUGGGGGUGGUGUCAAGGAGGCUAAGGUCAAUCCUGAAGAUGGUACAUGUCUUGUGUACUUUGAAGAUCCUGCAGUGUGUGACAGAGUUUGCCAUAAAAGCCAUAGAGUUGACAACCAGAAGUUAACAGUACAUACUUACCAUGAAUGUCUAGGACAGCCAUUUAAUCCUGAUGAGGGUCCAAAGUUCAAACCACUGGAUCCAGUUAUUGUGAGAGAACUUGACAUGAGAAAAAUGAAGUUUAUAUACACUUCUGAAGAGUUCAAACAGGCUAUGAACAAGCAAGCAGAACUGACACAUGGCAAGAUAAGAUGGCCAAAGAAAGCAGCAACAGAAUUAACAGUAGAGUGCACUCUAACAAAGGAUGUAAAAGACUGUCGAAAAUUGGCUGAAAAAUGGGAAAAACAAGUGGCAGAUGGCAUUAAGAAGUUGCUUGGGGUUCUGCAUGUGGAAGCUGUAAAUGUUUUACAAGAAGCUUGGGAGAAAUUUUUGGAGGGAAUAAAACAAGUGAAAGUUCCUGAUCCACAGAAAGUGGGCAUUAUUCUAGAGAAAGGCAAUUACACCAUAGCUAUUGUGGGGUAUGGAAAUAUGGUUGAAGGUGUUAGAAAGGAAGUUGAGAAGAUUAUUACUACAGUGGUUGAUGAGAUUCAGAGAAAGAAACAACAGGUCACAGAAACUGUUCAGUUGAAGCAUCACCAAUUUCUGCUUCUUAGUUUUGAUCAUUUCAAGGAAGAAACAGAGAAAAAAUUCCCAGAUAUGCAAGUUAAAACAAACAUGAAGGACAAAAGUUUCACCUUUGAGGGCCAAUACUUAGAAGUCAGCCAAGCAAAAAUAUCACUGUUUGAAAAAUGUCAGCAGAUAUACCAAGCCUCUGCUGGAAAAUUCUCCAAAAACAGGCGAGAUUUUUUGAACAGAAAGGAUGUAAAAUCUCGAAUUGCAAAGCUGCUGAAAGAAAAAGAGAACAUGAGUUGUUUUGAUUUUCAGAGAGAGGAGGUGAUGCUUUAUGCUUUCUCAGAUGACAAAGCUGUUGAGGCAGCACAUCUGAUAAAGGACAGCAUUGUGGAGUCCCCAAUUGAUGUACAACCAGACUCAGCUUUCCUCCUCAAUUCUGAUGCCUGGGAUAAGAAAGUCAAAGAGAUAGCAGCCAAUGAAAAUUUUGAAGGACUUCUUCAACUGAUCACCUUACAUGAACCAAAACAAGUAAUAAUUGUAACAAUGAAUGAAUAUGUUGGCCUAGCGAGAGAAUUUGUAGAGGACUUUCUUCGAGACAAUACAAUCAUGAGUGACUCCAUGGAUGUUCCUCCAAGUUAUUUCAGAUUUUUGGAGCUCCACCAUAAAAACAAGUUUGAACAGCUUUGUGAAAGUUUGAAGGAGCAGCAAGUUCAGAUAACUAAAAGCAAAAACAGAAUCACAAUUAAGGGCACUAAGAUGGGUCUGGAUCAAGCCAAAGGAAAUAUUGAGGACAUGUUGAAGAAGAUUCAAUCGAAAAAACACACUAUAAAGAGACCAGGCAUUGCCAAACACCUUCACAGUGAAGCUGGCAAAAACAAGAUCUCUAAGGUUCAGAAGUUUCACAAAUGUUACAUUCAGAUAGGUGACAAAGAACCCAUGGGUUUUUCUAGUUCUUGGACCACAGCUUCAGGUCCUAGACAGAAACAAGCCUCAAAUGGUGACAUUGCUGAACACAAAACUAAGGCAGGAGUGUCCAUAAAGGUUCACUCUGGUGACCUGACUGCUCUCCCUGUAGAUGUGAUCGUUAAUGCUGCUAACCCAGACCUUAUACAUCAUGGAGGACUAGCAGGAGUCAUUGCCAAGAAAGGUGGAAAUGAAAUCCAAGAAGAAUGUUCAGAAUAUGUAAGAAGAAAUGGGAAGCUCAAAGAAGGAGACACCUUCUGUUCAAGGGCAGGUCAACUGUCCUGUAAAAUGAUUGUCCAUGCUUGUGGACCAACUUGGAAAGGUGGAAUGAAUCAAGAAAACGGCCACCUGACAAAUUGUGUAGAGUCUGCUCUAGAAGAAACAGAGAAUAUGAGUCAUAGAUCUAUUGCAAUACCUGCCCUGUGUACUGGUAUAUUUGGGUACCCUAUAGAUAAAGCCACUUCUGUCAUUGUGAAAGCAGUGAAAUCACAUUUGAAGGAUAAAAAGGGGUCCAGCAUUAAGGAGGUGAUCUUAUGUGAUGUUAAGCCAGAGACUGUUAAAUGUUUCACCGAGGCUCUAAAGCAGGAGUACAAGGGGAAGGUGACGGUCUUCAAAAAUACUGAUGAAAGUGGGUCACCUCGAAGUCUGCAAACAGAGGCACAGGGGCAAACACCAGCACAAAAUACAGAGUUUACAGCAGGACACAUUUCUGUCAAAUUAAUCAAGGGCCAGAUAGCAAAAUCAAAGGUGGAUGUCAUUGUCAAUACAGCUUCAAGAGAUUUAAGAUUGAACCAUGGAGCUGUGUCAGGAUCCAUCUCCAAAGCAGGAGGAGACUCCAUUCAGCAAGAGUGUCUAACUAAAUACCCAGAUGGGAUAAAUCCUGGGGAGAUAGCAGUGACAGGGGGAGGUAACCUAGCCUGUAAGAUUGUGUGUCACGGGGCUCUCCUGGCCUGGGACAAAGAGAAAGGAGAAGCUAAGAAGAUGUUGCAGACUUUUUUGAAAACCUGUUUAACAGAGGCACAGAAACAAAACAUGUCCAGCAUUGCUUUCCCUGCCAUGGGAACGGGUAACCUUUGUUACCCUAAGGAUGUGGUGGCAGCAGAAAUGUGCAAUUCUGUUGUUAAUUUCUCUAAAGACAAUCCUAAAAGUUGUGUGAAGGCAGUGGAAUUUGUGAUUUAUGAGAAAGAUUUUCCUACCAUUCAGGCCUUUGAAACAGAAAUGAACAAAAGAGCCACUAAAGAUAAAAAAUCUAAACCUAAGAAGAAAGGAAAACGACAUGGAGAUGAGCUCAAGCUUAAAGAGGAAGAUGGGUUUGUUGUGGUACCAGAGGCAGGAGUAGGAGGGCAGAAGGAGGUCUCUGUAGAUAUUGGUCCAAUUAAACUACGCAUGUACCAAGGGGACAUAACUCUGGCUGAUGUUGAUGUCAUUGUGAAUGGUACAGACAGUGAAAUGGAUUUAAAUAAAGGUGCUGUAUCUAGGAAAAUAAAGUCCAAGCUUGGUGGGGAGCUUCAAAGACAGAUAGAAAUUCAAAAGAAAAACAUGAAGAAGCAUGGUCUGGCUGUAACUGUUAAUGCUGAUAAAUCAAAGUUGCCAGCAAAGUUCAUAAUCCACGCUGAUGUUACUGGGGGCAAUUACAAAAAGAAAAUCUUGGAUGUUCUGCAUAAAGUGGAGGAAAUUGGGCAGAAAAGUGUAGCCUUGCCAGCUUUGGGGACAGGCCAGGGGUAUCAGCAGCAAACAAUAGAAGAAUUUGCAGAGGAAGUCUUUGGGGGCUUGAACAAAAUUUGUACAGAUGUGAAGAAUCUAUCAGAGGUUCAUAUUAUUAUCUAUGAACAGCAAAUGACCCAAAAAUUCAUCAUAGCCAUGCAGAAUUGUUUUGAGUCAAAAGGAGCCACACCAAAAGGAUGGAUGGAAAAAUUUAAGAAUUAUGCAGGCCUUGGUGGAGGUGGAAAGCCAGAUGGCGGUAGACACUGGAGACCAGUGUUUGGUGACAAACCUGAUGAUCAAUCAUCAAUUGUAAUUGUGAUCUUUGCUGAUGAUGAGAAAAACAUUGAUGCAGCAGUCAAGAAACUUGAGAACCUACUGGAUGAGGAUUUCAACACUAAAGAAUUCAAUGACCCCAUCAUCUGUCAAAUUUCUAAAGCACAGGUGAAUUCUUUGCAAAAUUUGGAGAGCAGAUUUGAUGUAGAUGUUCAAGUUGAUCAAGUUAAAGGAAUUGUUACGGUUCAUGGAACCAAAGAUGCCUUGAUGGAAGCAACUGAUUAUGUUCACAAUUUACUUCGAGAUGCUGAUCGCAAUAAACAGGCAGUUAUGGAGGCUGAACUGGUCUCGGACAUUGUGCAAUGGUACUUUGUUGACAAUGGUGAUGGCAAGAAUGAGUUGUGUGAUUACCCAAAGAACAUAAACUUACUAGUGGAGAAAGCUUACCGCAACAAACAGCCAGAUGUAAAGUUUACAGAUCAAGCAGGGACGGAGUAUACGAUCAACUUCAACAACAUGGAGGAAUUCCCGAGUGAUGAUCCUAAAGAUGUCACAACGGUGACUAGGAGAGACAAAAUCAAAGAUUCAACAUUUGAGCCUCCACCAGAGUGGACAGCUAUGAAGGAAGAAAACCUUGUGGUUGUCCAAGUUAAAUCUGGAACCCCAGAAUAUUCUAGUGUUAUUGACAGAUUCCAUGGACAAGUAGGCAAACGAAAUAUUGUUAAGUUGGAGAGAAUUCAGAACAAGAUGCUAUACCAGCAGUAUGUUGCCAAAAAGAAGUUGUUGGAUACCCAGAAUUCCUCCAGCACACAGAAUGAGAGAGAACUCUGGCAUGGAACUGCUCCUGAUGCAGUUAAUAGUAUCAACUCUCUUGGCUUUAACAGAAGCUACUGUGGAAGAAAUGCUACAGCUUAUGGAGAGGGAGUUUACUUUGCGGUCAAUGCCGGCUACUCAGCUUCUAAUACUUACUCUAAACCAGAUCCCAGUGGUCACAAGAGAAUGUACCUGUGUAAAGUGCUGACAGGGGAAUACACUGGUGGAAGAGGGGGAAUGAGGGUGCCUCCAACCAAAGCUGGCCAGCAGUCCCAUAUCCUGUACGAUUCUGUUGUGGAUAAUGUCAACAAUCCUUCAAUGUUCAUCAUCUUUAAUGACACUCAAGGCUAUCCUUGUUACCUUAUUACUUUUACAUAAAUUACCCAAAGUCUAUGCUGA